AUGCUCCCGCCGCAAGCCGCGCCCGCCCGCAGAGCUCGGCGGGACGCGCGCUGCGGACCCCGGGGGUGGAGAGGGGCUGCGCCCGGGCUCGCGGCCCACGCUGGCCGGGAGUGUCCUCCGACUCGGGAGGACCCGAGAGCCACGAGCCCGGGGGCGGCGGGGGGAACACCCGCCCUGGCCGGAGCCCCGGGACUCCAUCCCCCAACUCCCCUGCCUGGGGCCGGUCCCGGGCCCCCGUCUCCCUCCGGACCCGGCCCUGCGCCCUCCCUCCCUCCCCGGUGUCCCGGAUCCCCCCGCCUGGGUUCGGCUGCCCGCGUGCCCCGGCAGCGCCCCGCGCAGGGCUCUGGUGGCCCCGGGCACUGCGGCGAGGAAGUCCCGGGCGGCGCGCGCAGGAAGCCGGGGCGGGCGGAGGAGACGCGAGGCGCCCGGGGGCAGCGGCCUAGUGUCGCCCUCGCCGCGUGGGGGACGGGACACUGGGUCGCCCCACUGGGCUCGGCGCCUCUCGGGCGACAAGCGGGCGCGCGCCCGGCUCAGGGUCACCCUGCGCGCCUGGGGGUCGCCGACACCGGGACCCGUGGGGUUAACUCCGUCGGGAGGUUCCCGGGCCCAAGGGCCAGGCGCGCCUCCGCCAGUUUACAAAGGAAACAGCCUCCUUCCUCCGCAGCAGGGGCUCCCCGACCCGCGGGCGAGGAGUGGGAGGUGACGGCGCCGGACCCCCUCCCCCCGGGACCCCCGCAGGGUCCCGGCUCCCGCGCCUUCAGGCGUCAAAGCCCCCGAAUUCCCCGAGCACCAGCGCGUCCGCACCCGGCUCAGAACGCAGGGGCCCGGCCUGCUGCGGUGACCUUGGCCCCGGGCCGGGCUUCUGAGCCGGGCUUGCAGCGCCCGACGGGGCCUGGAGGCGGGGCGGGGAACCGCGGAGUUGUCCUGGCGACCCAGCGCCGCGCGGCACGGCUCCUCCCAGCCUGGGAAUGGAGGACCACCGCCCCUGGUGCCGCUGGGGUCCGUCGGGCCGCUGGCGCCGCUCGACCUCGCCCUCCGGCGGCCGCACGGCAGGGGGAGCCUCAGAGAGGAGCCAGGGCGGCCGGAGUGAGGGAGCCCGCGGGGCCUGGGGCACCUGGCGGUCCCUGGCAGAACAGGGGUGGGGACCGAGGCCAGGGACAGUCCCAGAGGAGGCCUGGAAGCCCAGCGAGCGUGUGUCCUCUUCUGUGUGGCCUGGGGCUCCCGCCAACACUAAGCCCUUACUGGGGCCUCAGGCACCUCAAGGCGCCGUAGCCGCCAGGCCUGCAGAGGAGCUGCCCUGCUGUCCUGCCCACAGGCCUCUGCAGCUGCCCCCUCCAGGGGGUGGGGCUGACUUUGGAGGAAAAAUGCCAGGCAGCAGGGACCCCCUCGCCACCCUACUCGGGGUUGGGCUAAGCGGCCAUCCUGAGGCUGCCCACUUGCUUGGCUCUUCUUCCUGCCUGCCGGAGAGGCCUGCUGGGCACUGCCCUUUCUGAGCACUGCACAGGGGGCUGUAUGUAGGUGAGGGGAUCCAGAAAGAGUGUCAAGGGAGCACCAGCAUCCACCAGGGCCUCACCAGGUGGGCAAAAGCAAUGGCUUCCGAGGUGGGAGUGGGAGUGGGCAGUAUCCCCCGCAAGGUGUUUGCGUGCGCAUGGGGCUCCUGGUGACUUCCCACGCCGGCAAGAGGAACAGUUUGGGGUGGGCUGAGGGACCCACCUGUGGACUUGCUGGGCUUUAAGAGGGACCGAGGCAGGGUGGCGGCAGGCAGGACGGGGGAAGAGCGUUCUGGGGCACAGAGGGCUGGACAGAGGCAACCAGCAGCUGGCAGCUCUGGCUGGAGAGGGGAAGAGGGCAGUGAGAAGCAUGGCUGGCCCGCGGCACCUCCUGCCCCUCUGGCCCAUGCUAUUUACUGUGUAUUUUAAGGUAAACUUGGAAGCUGUUUUUAAAACCUGCUCUCCACUGGGUAAGGUGUGAAAAAGACUAUCUGCAGACAGGGAGACCAUUUUUGCAACUUAAAUGGUGGCUGUUCAGGGCCUACCCCAGCAGCCCUGCCCCCCACCCUCCACCGGCUCUUCACUGGCUUCCCGCCCGGCUCCAACCUGUUUUGCUUAAGAAGAGGCCUUGGGAGUUUCCAGAGUCCCUGAUUAAAGUGCAGAUGUCCUUGGGGACCUCAUCAGCCCAGAUAUCCCCUCCUGUCUGACCCAGUAUUCAGGGGUUGGGGGGCUGUCCUAGGCUUGCCGCUCUCAGCAUCUCCCCAGGGGCCACCCUGCUCAUGCCAGUCUGCCCAGUUCUGGGAAGGAUCCUGGGUACUGGGACCGGAGCUGCCCCCAGCGAGAGGACCCUGAGCUGCCUGGCUGGGCUGGAGAGAAGCCUCGGGAGUACGCACGCCCCUGGCUGGGGCAAAAACGCCAAGAGUGGGAAGAGAGACACGUCCGAGUCUUUAGACUUUGUCUUCAAGAGACUUGAUCCAAACAAAAGGGUCCGAGCUCAGAGGGCCCUCCUGACUGGGGAACUGGACCUGCCCAGCACUGUCCUACUGCACUACGCCGCCACUGAGACUUGACCCUCCCUCAACUGUGCCCCAUCAGGCCACCCAUCCUGCCAACUGGUGGUCACCCACCCCCAGCCCCUGUGGAAGUUCUGGACAGUCUCCUGUCCCCUCAGCCUGCCCCAGCUGGGGCAUCUUGUGGUGAGCAGGUUCUCAGCCUUUGUUGGUCUCUUCUACAAGAUGAGGCUUACAGGGGCCUCCCCAUGACUGAGGUGCAGCCACAGCCUGGCCUGUGUCCAGCCUGCUCCAGAAUCACCUGGCCAGACAGCUGGUAUCCCCCCAACCCCCAACACACCUGGGCUUACUUGAUCUUACUGGAGCUCACCAGGGCCUGGCUGUGUGUGAGUCUCAUGCGGCAUAGUGAGGUGCUCCCGAGAUGGACUGAAGCUGUCUGGUCAAGAUGGAGGCCUCGAAGGCCACAGCCAUGAGUCAGAGACCACAGAUUUCUCCAGAGCUGGUGCCCAGAGGCCAAAGGCGGGGAUGGGCCUUGAGGCUGGGACCCAGGUCGCCUCAUGGCAAGCCUUAUGCCCACAGCAGCUGUGGAAGGCAGGAGACAGGAUGAAGCCUUUAAUACAGAGGGCCUGCUCUGAUUUCAGUAAGCAAUCAUGUAUCACCCAAGAAGCCUGGACAGACUGGGGUGCAGGAGCACGCCAGGCCUCAUCUAAGGUAUCUGGCAGGGAGGCCGGCCUGGGGAACACAUGCCUUGUCCCUAGUCAUGUCGUCUGAGGCAGGGGCUCAAGGCAAUCUUUGCAGGUCCUGAGCCGGGAACCCUCGACCUUCUAGCAGGCCACAGAUCCUUUGGGCAGUGUUUGUUUUGUUCUGCUCCAGUCUGGAAGCCCUUGGAGGGCAGUGUGGGUCUGGAAAGCCAACUUUGUCUUGUCUGACCACCCUGCAGGGGCUGGUCUGGAGCUGUCUCCCUGCCCCAUGGGUUAUCAGGAUGAUAUAGGGUCACAUCCCCUGAGGCAGUAUCUCAAAGGACUGGCUAGGAAGAGAACUUGCCAAGACUCCACUGGAGGUGGUGCAGAGAGCUGACCAGGCACAUAAACUCUAAGGCCAGACUGCUAGAGUCCUGCCAUGUGACCUUGGGGAGACUGCCACCUCCCCUGUGCCUCAGUGUCCUCCUCUGCAAAGUGGGAAAUAUCACGGUACCUACCGUGUAGGCUUGUACUGAAUAUUAAGUGAGUUAAUAAACAUGAGAUACUUAGUACAGCACAAGCCCCAGUAAAAAUUCCAUGAGUCAGCUGCCAUCACCAUCAUCAACACUUUUGUCAUUAUCACCAGUCACCACCAUCACCACCACAGCCUCCACCAUCACCACUACAGCCAUCACCAUGAUCAUUACCAUCCCACCUCCACCAUCACCAUCACCUUAUCACCAUUACCACCACCCCCCCACCACCAUCAUCACAACCACCAUCACCAUUACCACCACCACCACCAUCAUCAUCAUGACCACCAUCAGCAUCAUAACCACCAUCAUCAUGACCACCUCCACCAUCACCACUACUACCAUCAUCAUGAUCAUCACCAUCCCACCUCCCCCAUCACUACUGCCACCAUCACCAUCACCAUUAUCACCAUUACCACCACGACCAUCAUCAUGACCACCAUCACCACCAUCAUCAUGAUCACUACCAUCCCACCUCCCCCAUCACCACUACCAUCACAAUUAUCACCAUUAUCAUUACCACCACCA